AACUUUUCUUCGUUGACAUUCAUCCACAUAAACUUCAAUUUACAGACAUGGUAUGCACGAUUAUUCCAUGACCAUCUACAAAUCUUUAUUUAUUUAUUUUUAUUUUCAAACUCAUCAACUCAAGGUUUGUAGUUCCUGUCCAAGAUUAGCUAGCAUAAUUAAACAUUGUGUGCAAUGACUACGCCAAAAAGAAGUUUGCUCAAGAUCAUCCUCCUUGGAGACAGUGGGGUGGGAAAGACAUCUUUGAUGAAUCAAUAUGUAUACAAGAAAUUCAGGGCGCAGUACAAGGCAACGAUUGGGGCUGAUUUCGUGACCAAGGAGUUGCAGAUUGAUGACAAUCUUGUGACGUUGCAAAUAUGGGAUACGGCGGGGCAAGAACGGUUUCAGAGCUUGGGCGUGGCGUUCUACAGAGGAGCGGAUUGCUGCAUUCUUGUGUUCGAUGUGAACGUGGUGAAGUCGUUCGAGACUCUUCAGAUGUGGCACCAAGACUUUCUCAAACAGCUGGAUCCCUCCAAUCCGGAGAGCUUCCCCUUCGUGUUGAUCGGGAACAAGGUGGAUGUUGAUGGUGGAAACAGCCGUGUCGUCUCCGAGAAGACGGCCAGAGACUGGUGUGAGGCCAAAGGGAACAUACCAUAUUUUGAGACGUCCGCCAAAGAAGACUACAAUGUAGAGGAUGCAUUCCUCAAAGUAGCCCACAUUUCACUCCACACUCAUCCAAUUAACAUUUGGCCUCUUGAUGAAGAGAUGCCGUCCCAUUGUGAUCUUGAAAGAGUUCCAGAAUCAAUAUCGGGAGUUGAUCAGCCUAGAGGAGGAUGUGCUUGCUGAUUAUAAUCAUUUACUAUCUCUUCUUCUAUACCUUCAUAUCUGUUAUGGUUGAGAGAUAUAGAUAGGCCAAAACCCAUUCGCAAUAAAAACUUAUGUGUAUUAUAAUA